GUGGAGCUCGGAGGCUCACCGACAGUCUGUAUCGUAUGUGUCCAGUCAGAGAUUUCACAAGUUUUCAAUGGAAAAACUAAAGGAAUAUUACCAGGAAUAAACCAAGCAAGAAUUUCAGACAUGGACUCAAAGCGUCGGAGCGUCGUGAUGGAGCGUCUGGUGAGCGAGCUGGGGUCUCUGCUGAACAUGCUUGACCAAGAGACGGUCAGCACUGCGACUGCUGAUAAAAUGGCAUCUGUACGCAACCUCUUGGAAACACUGCCACCAUCAGGCAAUGGAUCAGACGUCUACAUGAACAGCUGUCUCUAUGGGAAUGGCACCAGUUUUGUAGAGUCUCUGUUUGACGAUUUUGCAGACUGUGAUUUGCACAUGCUCAGUGCUUCUCCAGAGGAGCAGAAGGAGCAGAAAGAGGAGAAGACUCAUCCUAAUAAAUCAACGCCGACUGACACGCCCCCUCCUCUGCCAACCACACCCCUUCCUGAUGACUACUAUGAAGAGGCUGUUCCUCUGGAUCCUGGAUCCACCCCUCAGUACUUUACCACAAAUACACACACCUCUAGGAAUUCUGUCGAGGAUGCCUACUAUGAAGAUGCGGACAAUAGCUAUCCCACCACCAGGAUUAAUGGACCUCCCAAAAACUCCUACAAUGACUCAGAUGCUCUGAGCAGCUCGUACGAGUCAUACGAAGAAGAGGACGAGGAGGCUAAAGGGCAGGACCAGCCUCAGAGGUGGACGGCUGAGGGGAGCUCAGAUGGUCCAGUUAGAGACUGCCGCAUCUGUGCAUUCCUCCUGCGCAAAAAACGCUUUGGCCAGUGGGCGAAACAGCUGGUUGUUGUCAGAGACAGUAAGCUGCAGUGUUAUAAGAGCAUCAAAGAGAGCACUCCACACACAGAGCUGCCACUCAAUCUCUGCAACGUCAUCUACGUCCCGAAGGAAGGCCGGAAAAAGAGGCACGAGUUGCGCUUCUCUUUGCCUGGAGGCGAGGCUCUAGUUCUGGCCGUUCAGAGUAAAGAACAGGCCCAGCGUUGGCUCAAGGUGGUGCAAGAUGUUGGCAGCCAGUGUAGCAACACUGAAGGACUGGACGGCUCCACUUCUCCCAUUAUACAGAGAAAGAUGGAGCUUGACAAGGUGCUGCAGUCCGACAGACUGGCAUCGGACUCAGACAGUGUGCAGCCUGGAGACAGUCUGUCCACCACACAAGGACCAGGACGGGACACUACAGAGUCAAUCAACAGGGGGAAGCGUGGAGCCUUAUCGGAGCUGACAGACUCAAUGAGCCGAGCAGCUGGGAAGAAAAUCAAUCGGAUCAUCACCUUCUCCAAACGGAAACCUCCUUUACCAGGAGACCCUCCCUCCUCCUCAUGUGGUCACCAUGACAACCCACGCUGUGGCUACCUCAGCGUUUAUCAGGGCGUCUCUUGGAAAGAGUGUUGGUGCGUGGUGCGUGGCGGGAGCCUGUACCUGCAGAAGGACCCCGGAGACCAGCGGCCUCCAGUCAAUGUGGUGCCUCUCAAAGGCGCCGAGGUGGUUCCAGGGGGACUUGGACCCAAACAUCCCUUCUCCUUUUGCAUCCUGCAAGGAGGCAACGAGCUGGCAGCUUUAGAGGCCAGCUGCUCGGAGGAUCUGGGCCGCUGGUUGGGUGUGUUGUUUGCAGAGACGGGCAGCACCAUUCUCCCUGAAGAGCUGCACUACGACUACAUCGACGUGGACACGCUCACUGACAUCCGACAGGCUGCCAGACACUCCUUCCUGUGGGCCACCACCACUGGUACAUCUUCCAGCAGCACCUCAUCAGACUCCAGAACAUAUGACGAGGUCUAUGAAAGUGUUGCGGAGGCAGAUGUGGGAGCCAGAGCGGGCCAGGUGAGACGCCACGCCUCCUUCUCCAGCAGGGACUCUGACAAAACCGAACAACAAGCCACCAUCAAGAGACACGCCUCCAAUGUAAAUCAGUACGGGCGGUAUGGAAAAACACGAGCAGAAGAGGACGCCAGGCGCUACCUGAGACAGGAGGAGGAGCUGGAGAAGAAAAAGGAGGAGCUCAGGAACACGCUGAUCACUCUUCGCCGGAAAAAGAAGGAAGUAAAGGAGGAGAUCAAGAAUGGUGCAGGUCAAGGUGCAGAACAGCAGUUACUCCAGCUGGAGGCGCUGUGCAAACAGAAAGAGGAGGAGAGGGUGGAACUAGAGCUCAGACUGACAGAGGUCAAAGAAAACCUGAAGAAAUCAUUGGCUAGAGGUGCUCUGGGUCCGCCCACUGACACCAGGAUCAGUGCCAAGGCACAAGGCAACAAAGUCGAGAAGGUUUACAAUGAAUCUCUGCCAGUCAAUUCGGCGUCUGAGCUUCGUAAACGCCCUCCAUCACUUUAUGCUUCCUCAAAGGGCAAUGUGAUGCAGAAGGCAAAGGAGUGGGAGUCCAAGAAAGGGACGUAGACCGGACAGCAAACUGAACUUCACACAGGUUCAAGGAAGGACGGAACUGAUCACUGAGAGGGGGAUGUGCAAAAGAUAGAUGAGAGAAGAAGAGAAAGUAACACUGGCACAACAUGAAAGUAAAAUAACGAGACUGGGACAUUCUUUACACCUCUGAAGAAAAAGACGUGUUUAUUUUUUG